AUUGCACAACGAAACCCCAUUAUCUGGAUACGUGGAAAUUGACGCAUCUUCUCAAAGUGAGUACAACGGCAUCCAAUGCACCGCAUCACACUCGUCGUGUUUUAUCAAGCCCCACCAAGACGUAGAACUGAACUUGGUUAUCACUAUGAGCAUUGCUGAACAAGAUCGACUGCCCAUUUAUGUAACGCCCUUAGGCGGCCAAAAGAUGCAGUGCUGCUCGAUAGUUUGCCAUGGUCAAGGUCCUGUCGUCACAGCUGACACCGAAGAGGUCGAUUUUGGUAAGGUGAACCUGCUAACGUGCGCUACGCAAGCCUUAACCGUCUCAAAUGAUUCUCCUAUACCGGCUAACGUUUCGAUUAGUAUUUCGCCGAAAUCACUCUUCUCAAUUGAUCCUAAAACGUUUGCGUUGAAUAUCGAUGAGUCGAAAACUCUGUCGAUAUCCGUCUAUAUGACCAGCCCCGGUACGGUGGUGGAUAAGCUUUCCAUAUGCGUAAUCGAUGGAAACACAUACGAGGUGACUUUAAAGGCGAAGGGUGUCGGUACUUGCAUUGAAAGCUUACCUGCGUUAGCCCCCAGUAUAAAUUUUGACGUGUUGAUGACCUAUCGGGAAUUUUCGUUUGAUGUCACGUUCGUGAAUAGAGGGAAGAAGUGGCACAAGUUGUAUUGGUCCCGAAAUAAACAUCUGAAGCAAAUGCGCGAGUCACCUAACGAACUAAUGCCAUCUGCCUUUUCGUUUUGCCCCUCCGCCAUCGAACUGAAUCCAGACCAAAAGUGUACGGUCGCAAUAAAAGGCUACAAUACGGUACCGUGUUACGUUAACGAAGACUUUUACUGCCACGCUUUGCUCGAGAAGGCAACACAUCAAGAAAUUAUUAUGUCAUGCAACAUCAUUGCCACAUUUGUCGAGCCUUCCGUUGAGCUAAAUAAGACAGAGAUGAAUUUCGUGAAAAACGUUGGAGUAGAUUCAGUCUACCAAUCCCUAUCUGAUGAGAUUGAAAUGGUCAACCAUACGCCUUUACCGAUUACAAUGAAUGUACUAGCCAAGGACCCUUUCUACAUCUCCACCCAGGAUAAAGAUGUUACGAUGUAUAGCGUCAGUUUGGCACCCGACGAAAGUUAUGGAAUGCUCAUUAAAUUUCGACCAUAUGGUCAAGGUAACCGGUGCAGCACUAUCCACGAUGCACUGAAAUUGGACUAUCACAAACAUCCCAAAAUUGCAAGUUUCGAAAACGAACCCUUGCGGGAUCAAUAAUUCCAUUACUUUAGGACGCUGUCGAUUUAACUGGGGAGGUGAA